AUUUGUCUAUGAUUCAUUCAAUGUUUUGUUUUUGGCGGUCUGUUUCUGGAUCUUCUGGGGAAUUUAGAAACUAAAUACAUUUUCCUUACUUAAUUACUAACCGUUGAUAAGCUUUGCAGCAUUCACUAUGACGUACGGUAAAUUGCACAGGUUUUUCCUGCAAACUGUUGCCAGCCAAGGUGUUCUAUCAAUUGCAGACGCUGAAACUGUUUUGAAUAACUUUAACGGUGAUGAAGCCAGUCCACCAGUGCAGGAUGUGGUAAAAGCUAUCAAUGAUCAAAUCAGACCUUUUCAACAGGAAAUUAAACUAGCCAAGGAUGAGUACACUAAUGAAGAUGUAGUAAUAUUCUUGUCCCUUGGUUAUGAUGAUGCUACAAAGUCACAGAAUUUCUUUUCUGCUACUGAACUUGAGUAUUUUAGGAUCCUCAUUGAACAGAUCAUGACUACGGAAUCAAGGCAGAUUACAGGAAUAAAUGCUAUUAAUUUAGUUAGUAGAAUGAAAUCUACUUUUACUAAAACUGAUGCACAAAAACUGCUGGACACUUGGUGCAGAAUGCGGUACUUGGAUCAAGAACAGAACAACUAUGCUUUAGGAGUGCGAGCUAUCCAUGAGUUUGAAGGAUACUUUCGUCAGAACAUGCCAGAUGCUGUUGAAGAGUGCUGCCUCUGCAAAAAUAUUGUGUUCCGAGGUUACAACUGCCCGGCUUGCAGUAAGGCUGUCCACACAAGAUGUCUGAUCCGGUACUUGGAGAAAGUGGAAAAGUGGCCUUGCUGCAAAUUUGACUUCAAUCAAGAUCAAUUGGAGCGUCUCAAUAAUGAAGGUUCCAGACUAACGCAGACACAAGUAUCAGAUAAUUCACGCCAUUCAGCAGACUCCAGUGUUGAAGAUGAGGGAACAAAUGACACUCAAGAUAAUCAGUCCAUAGCUGGGCCUUCACAAGUUCAAGAGUCAUCGGAAACCAUGGAUAUGAGCCAAGAUGUCAUACCGGAGAUCUCACAGCGGGUUACCAGGAAGAGAAAGCGACAGCAAUAAAUAAGUUUUCAUACCAAUAAGUUUCUAUUUGGUAUGUUGCCGUGCAUGGUUAUGAUGUUUAAUGUUU